AUGGAGAGGCAGAGAAAACGGGAGCUCCGCGAGCUGAAUUUUAGAGCUUGGGAUGGCGAGCAGGAUGUGUUCCGCGUGCAGGGCUCCCUCGACUCGUCCAUGAAGAAGAAUACCGCCUUCAUCAAGCGCCUGCGAACCGCCGUCCAAGCCUCAGCGCAGACCCAGUUCAUCCAGGAUGUGCAGACGCUGUCCCUUCAUAAAUACCUGUCUGAAAUCAUUUCCGCCUGCUAUGAAGGCCUCUGCAAGCUCAAGACCCCCGCAGAUAUUGCCGCCGGCGUCGAAGUCGUGAGCGCGCUCCAUCAACGAUUCGGCCCCGCUGAGUUCACUGGAUACCUCGGAUGGUACAUUGGGCGAGGACUGAGCACACCGGACAAGUCUCACCUGAAGACCCUGGCACAAGACGUCCGUGAGCGGGAAGAGAAGGAACGCCUUGCUCGUCAGCGAGUGCUGCUGAGGGUAGCGACCGAGCUCUGGCUUGUGGGUGUGCUGAGAAGCUUGGAUGAUGUGUCUAGACCCGAAGAGGCGGGCAAGACAAAAGAGAGUGUCAAGCUCGUUGAGGGAUCAAGCAAGGCCAAGGCGACAACAAAUGGCAACCGGCCUGACAGCGCCGAUGCCGAACCAUUUCCACUAGAGGUGCUUAAGGAUAUGCUAGGGUACGACCGCGAGCAUAUCAACCUGCCUCUGGUCGUCAUCUUCGUAAAGGCAUUUGCAUGGGAUAUCCUUGGAGCAAAAACAUCUUCGGCUGAAGGGCGCAAGACCGUGAAUGAGGAUGGAAGCACGACAACCGAGAAAAACGAUGAGGCUUCCACCACCGACGAAGAUGAUGCAGCUACCAAGGACCCCCCUAUCGUCUCCCCUGAGCUCCGGCAGCGGUUCAAGAACAUCCUCAGUCGGUACUUUGACGAUGUCAAAGCGCAUCUGCUACGCGAUCAGAAGCACUUGGUCAACCAAGGGCGCAAGAAUGCGGAAGCGUAUGUCAGGUCUGGAGAAGUUUUCGAGGACCGCCAGGCAAAUUACGAAAAGCAGAUGAAGGCACAGGAGAGACUAGCAGGAAAUGCGCAGGUCCUCGCCGAUGCACUUAGUUUGGAGAUGCCUGAUCUAAAGGAAAAGGACACAUCUGCAGGCACCGGUGACGGCUCGAUCGGGCUUGUGAAGGCGGGAGACUAUCUGCGCGGUCAAGGUGAUGGGCCUGGCAUCUGGGAAGACGAAGAAGAGCGGCGUUUCUACGAAAACCUCAUCGACCUCAAAGACCGUGUUCCGGGCAUUCUAUUGGAAGAACCGAAGAAGAAAAAGACCGACAAUGACGAGCAAGUUGGCAAGAAGGCUGAGACCAAGGCCGACAUAGAGGAUAAACCAGAACCUUCCGCCGAGGCGAAGCCUGCAGAAGCAGACGACCAGUCCACUGCCAUCGCGAAUAAGUCCGUCGGAGCUCAGGUGGAUGCCGUCCUUGCCCGUCUACCCGAGCUGAAUACCAAGGAUUCCGUGGAUCAGACCGCCGUCGACUUUUGCUUCCUGAACUCGAAGGCUUCUCGCAAUAGGCUGAUCAAAGCUGUGCAGGACAUACCGAAGGGUCGGUCGGACUUGCUACCACUGUAUUCCAGACUCAUUGCAACGCUUGGAAAAUACAUGCCCGAUGUGUCGCAGGGCCUCGUGUCGUACCUCGAUGACGAGUUUCGGAGCCUUCAGCGCCGCAAGUCGAAGGACUUUCUGGGACAAGUCCGGACCCAGAAUGUUCGCUAUCUUGCGGAGCUGACCAAGUUCGGGGUCGUCCCGGAGCAUGUCAUCUUCCACUGUUUGAAGGUCAGCCUCGACGAAUUUUCGAGGAUGAACAUUGAGAUCAUCUGCAACCUCCUUGAAAACUGUGGUCGCUACUUACUUCGCAAUCCUGAGACCUCCCCGCGAAUGUCAUCCUUCCUGGAGACUCUGCAGCGAAAGAAGGGUGCCCAAGUUCUUGGUCAACAAGAGCGUAUGCUCAUUGAAAACGCCGUUUACUACGUUAACCCUCCGGAGCGCGCGGCUAUCGAGCAAAAGGAGAGAACGCCGAUCGAGCUCUUUCUUCGCAAGCUCAUGUAUCAGGAUCUGAGCCGCCGAACUGUAGACAAGACCGUCAAGCAGAUCCGCAAGAUGCAUUGGGAGGAAGAAGAUGUCGUCAACAUCCUGCACAAGAUCUUCUCAAAGCCCGGUAAGAUCAAGUACAGCAACAUCCACCUUCUAGCCAUUAUCCUCGGGACGAUCCACAGAUAUCAUCAGGACUUUGCGAUCUCAGUAAUAGACGACCUCCUUGAGUCGAUUACAUUCGGGCUCGAGUUGAAUGAUUUCAAAUUAAACCAGAGGAGGAUCGCAGAGGUUAAGUACCUCGGCGAAAUGUAUAUCUACCGGCUGGUUGACUCUCCGCUCAUCUUUGACACGCUGUAUAAGCUCCUCAAUUACGGGUGGGAAGGUGGCUAUGUGCGCCCAGGGCUGGUGAACCCAUUGGACCUCCUGGACGAUUACUUCCGCAUCCGGCUGGUUUGCAACCUCUUAGAGACCUGCGGCAUGUACUACGACAAGGGCGCCGCCAAGAAGAAGCUUGAUUUCUUCCUCACUUACUUCCAGUACUACCUCUGUACUAAGGAUUCCCUCCCGAUGGACGUUGAAUUCAUCGUGCAGGACGCCUUCAAUCUCACGAGGCCCCAAUGGAAGCUGAUCACAAGUUUCGAGGAAGCCUCUCGUGCUUUCGGGGAAGCUGUCAAGCAAAACUACCAGACUUCCGCAGUCGGUAAACCGGUUGAGCCCGACGAAGAUGACCUAUCCGCUUCCGACGAUGAUGGAGAUGGGCCAGACGACGAGGAAGUUGUUGUACCGGAGGGAGAUGAAGAGAAGUCUUCAGGCGAGGAUGAAGAGGAUUCUGGUGACGAUGAGCCGGUCAAACGAGCCUCAUCCGACGACGAAGAGGAACAGAUCGUCGUUACUCGUCAAGAAGACGAACGCGACCCCGAAGCAGAAGCCGAGUUCGACCGCGAGCUUGCGAAAUUGAUGUCGGAAAGCGUAGAAUCCCGCAAGUUCGAGCGCAAGCCGGUCUUCGAUGUACCGCUUCCAAUGCGCCGCACUCGUGAGGCACCCGUAGCUGCGGAAGAUAGCGGCAAUGAAGCAUCUGCUCGGGCGUCUCCUAUGAUGAAAUUCUCCUUGCUCAGCAAGCGCGGAAACAAGACACAGACCCGCUCUAUCGACCUGCCCUCAGAUUCAACGUUUGCAGUUGCCAUGCGCAACAAGCAACAGGCCGAGCGAGAAGAGCAGCAGCGGAUCAAGAACCUCGUCUUGAACUACGAUCUCCGGGACGACGACGCGGAUGGUGAUACACCGUUUCAUUACACCCUUCAACCUAAUACCAAUAGGAAACGUACUGAAACUUCUGAAGGUCUGGACAAGACUCACAACCCGUACGCACAGCCGCGCCUCGACAAGGCCGGCAACAAUCGCAGCAAUCAGCGAGCCAGGAAGUUGCAGCUCAGCGAUGUCAACUGGUAUGGCAACCCUCCGUCUUCUCAGCAAACUCGUUCUCGCUUGAUGCGUUCGUCCGCCGUUACCGCCGAUGCUUCCGCAUCUGGUCGGCGAGACAGCCUCGAACCUCUUCCUUCCUCUCAUCGCAAGUCCAAUCGGCAUGCACGCUCGAGUUGAUCAUAUGCGCUUCGAUUCCCGGCGCCAUUAGUAAUCAUCUGGCUAACCUCGAGGCCCUGCUUGGGCGUCCCACCCUUUAGGACAUGAUCUAUGGCUUAUGCUGUUAUCGCCUGCAUUCCCAGCGUAACCGACUAUCGUUCGCCGCUG